AACACACGUUGUCUGUACUUAGGCCAUAUUUGGCACGGCAAGAGUAAACGUGUCUUAAGUAUAUACGUAAGGCUGUGAGGAAGAGAAAAGUUUCAACGAUCAAAGAUAUUUUCCAAAAUUUAGCAAGAUGAAAGACAUGACGGCGAGGACAAGAGUAUGGGGCAAGCCAAUUGAGCAGAUGGACGUGUGGCUCGACUCGCAGGGCUACUACAGAAAGCACACGGCCAGGGACGGCACAUGCCUUUUCCGUGCUGUCUCAGAACAGAUAUUCAUGACACAAGUCUAUCAUGUGGAUAUUCGACGACAAGUCAUAGAAUACGAGAUGAAGCAUUAUGACUACUUUCAAAAGAUGGUCACAUGCUCGCUUGAAGAGUAUUGCGAAAAGAUGAGAAACUCCAGGGAAUGGGGUGGAAAAGUCGAAAUUGAAGCCAUGGCACGACUUUACAAGCAUGAUUUUGAGAUGUUUCAAGAAAUUGGACAAGCAGCGGAGCCCGUAACUAAUUUUGGAUUUGACAAAAAAAUCUUACUUUGCUAUUCACAGGACAAACACUAUGAUUCUGUUUACACAAAGAAUUACAUAACGACAGCAGCAUUCUGCCAGUCCACGAUUUAUGAAGUUUUGUACAAAAGAGUUUUCGACUUGAAAGAAGUCGAUUAUGCCAUUAAGAAAAUGUUGUAUGACAAGUCGUCAAGGUGUACGAGAGAACACGUACCCUUUUUAAGCAGCGAAUUUGCCCUGAGGCUGGAAAUGCGAGAGAACUGCACGAAUGUAAAAGAUCUGCUUGAUUUUGGCAUCACACCAUUUCCUUACAAAGUCGCAAAGUCUUUAGACGCUGAGAUGUAUCGUAAUGUCGAGUAUGACACUUGGAACGAGUACAGGAAAGGGCUGAGGUAUGGAUUUUGUGCUUGGACCUGUCGAGAGCUGCAAGUCGGGGUUAAGUGCCUUGUGAAAGAGGGUGAGGUGACACAUCAUGGUCAUAUACAGGAGAUGUCACCUAAUAAAGGUCCCGUAGUCGUCUUUAUAGAAGAACUAGGGAAAAUGUUGACCGUUCCUUAUGAUUCGCUUGAACUUCUUCCUCCUUCAUCUCAGGCCUCAUCACCGAGGCUGUUAUAUCCGUUGAAACUCACACCUUUACAGCUACAAGAUGACGAUAGUGCGAAGGCAAGGAAGACGCUUAAAAACUUAGUUUUUCGUCAUAGGCUCAAAGAGGCCGGCAAUAACCAAUUGAAGGAGUCGCAGCAAGAAAAGAAAAUCCAGCUCAAAGAAGAGGAGACACAGAAUCCAACCAUCACCACGAGUAAUUAUUACGAGCCAGAUAUGCAGUAUCAGCGAGAAGAAACAUUUCUUUCUCAGACAGUCACUCAAUCUGCACAAGAGGAGAACCCAACUUCUUCAGAUAGUGCCAAAGUAGACCACGAGCCUGUGAUGGUACCGAUUGACCAUUAUUCGUACAGGUACAUGUACCCAGCGACCCCUCCGACACCGCCUAUGACUGUUCCCGUCCAAGAGAUACAAAUGAAUCCUCCUUAUCCGACAGCGCUUCCAGUCAAUCUCAUGGCGUCCAAGUCGGUCAACCUUGACGGCUCAGAUCUACCGCAUUCAGUCUGUUUUAUAGAUGUCACGACUCUACGGUUUUUCUACAACCUUGGACUUGAUCACAUGAGAAUGAACUGUGUCCAAUGGAAUAAUUCACCAGGAAAUACUUAUUAUGUCAAUAAAGUGGCGCCGCAGCCCAAUUUUGUUAUCGAAAACCCAACAACGCCAGUUUAUGAACCAGCGUAUGUUCAAACUGUCGCACCCGUCCCUGGGCUGAGGCGUAGGGAAGUGAUAACAUCUUCGACGAUGAAUCCCGAAUGUGAAACUCCACCAAUUCCCAUGCCGUCAAGGUUCAAGAAUAAAAGAAUGACCCCGCAGUCACCGGUUAAGAGAGAGGUAACGUACGAGGUGCCUGUCGUCCAGCAGUGCGACGUUUCAAGCACGACCGGACUGAACAUCCCCGUGAAUGCAAACUACUACCCUCAGGUCGAAUAUGACCCUUGCUGCAUGAACGUCCCCUACGUCGAUUACAACGUUUACGAGUAUCAGUCCCAGGCUUACACGCCGACAUCCUUCAUAACGCCUGAUGGUCUCAUCUACCAGACCAUCCUGCCCGGAAUAACCCCGACCACCACUUCCACUAUUUAGUAUCUAAGUGUUUUUUAGAUUUUAAGAGAAGGUGUUUUAUUUUUUCAUGUUAUCACAAAAAAAAGAAAUUUUGUUUUUUUAUUCGUUUUGAAGUUUAAAUUUUUGAAAAUAAGCACGCUUUGUUGUGAAAUUUAAUUAUUAAGCUUGUUCUAGUUAAAGCUUGUUUGCAU